AUGAAAUCGCCAUUGCGCAAGUUUCGGGGCCUCGCCCUCCCCCACCACCACAAGGAGAAGAAGGACCAACGGCCGCCGCCCGCCAAGCUCGACAACCUCGUCGACGCCGCCCAGGAGAUGGAGGAAAUGAGAACUUGUUAUGAUAGCUUGCUUUCGGCUGCAGCUGCAACAACAAAUAGUGUAUAUGAGUUUGCAGAAGCUAUGGAAGAAAUGGGAACUUGCUUACUUGAGAAAACUGCAUUGGAUUGCGAUGAUGAUGACAGUGGCAGGGUGCUGAUGAUGCUAGGAAAGGCUCAAUUUGAACUACAAAAGUUUGUGGAUAACUAUCGUACAAAUAUCAUAAAUACAAUCACAAACCCUUCAGAGUCUCUUCUCAAGGAGCUACAAGUUGUAGAGGACAUGAAGGACCACUGUGAUCAGAAAAGAGAGGAAUAUGAAACCAUGCGGUCAGCCUAUAAAGAUAAAGGACGAUCAAGGCAUCCCAAAACUGAAACAUUCUCCCCAGAACAAUUGCAAGCGUCCUAUCUCGAGUACCAAGAAGAUGCAACAUUAUUCAUAUUUCGCUUGAAAUCAUUGAAGCAAGGUCAAUUCUUGAGUAUUUUAACACAGGCUGCUCGCCAUCAUGCUGCUCAGUUGAGUUUUUUCAGGAAAGGGUUGAAGUAUCUAGAGGCUCUAGAACCUCAUGUAAAAGCAGUUGCUGAGAAGCAGCACAUUGAUUAUCACUUCAGUGGACUAGAUGAUGACACUGAUAAUGAUGAUUACAGCUCUUACCAGGACAAUCAUAGUGAGGGCAGUGAGUUGAGUUUUGACUACGGGAUAAACUUUCCUGCUUCCAGAAGUUCAAUGGAUUUGGAUCAGUCUAAUAUGGCAAGUCCCACGAAACCUCUGAAGGAACAUGAGCAGGAACAUGCCAAACAAAUAGAGACUGAUUUUGCAGCUCCUCGAGUGAAGCCUGAGUUUGGUACUCAAUCAGCACCAAUUUUUGCUGAUAAUGUGCUUGAUCCAUCUGUGAGGCUUCGCAAGUUGAAUUCUCCAAUGUUCUCGAGCCCACUACAGUCAAGUAGAACAAAUUAUUCCUACAAACUCCCGACACCAGCUGAUGAUAAAAUCUGCACUUCAGCAGGCACCAACAGAUCACCUCAUUCAGAUAAACCAGAGAGUUCACAUGUGGCAGCAAAUUUGUGGCAUUCCUCUCCGCUCGUGAAAGAUUAUAUGCCGAGCUCCUUGUAUAGCGGGCCUGUUAAGAUGCCAUCAAGUACUGAGAGGAGAUCAUCACCAUUAGUUUAUUCCUACUCCACUUCAGAUUCCAAGAAAAUGAAGAGGGAAUCUUUUUCUGGCCCAAUUCCUAGUAAAGCAGGGUUAAGCAAACCCUUGUUUUCAGCUGCUGGUCACAGAGCAUCAGUAAAUUAUCCUCCUCGUGUUAUGUCAACAAAAUCACACGGACCAGGUUCUCUUCCAUCUGUGGCUCCAAAAGUCCCUAGGAUAACUUCACUGCCAACAACAUCCCCCAGAAUUAGUGAGCUUCAUGAGCUGCCUAGGCCUCCUGCACCUUUAGACACUCUCCGGCCUGGUUUGGUUGGAUAUUCUGGUCCUUUGGUAUCAAGGCGGCAAAUUCCUAACGUACCAACCCGUGCCUCCCCACCGUCAAAUACAGCAUCACCGCUUCCACGGCCACCUGCUGCCAUGACUCGCAGCUAUUCUAUACCUUCAAACAGCCAAAGAACACCUAUUAUUACUGUGAAUAAGUUGUUGGAGUCUAGGCAUAGCAGAGAGAGCAGCGAAGUUUCCUCGCCCCCACUAACACCUAUAUCUUUGGCAGAUGUCUCCCGCAGAUCAAUAGCAGAAACAACUAUAGACACCAGAAGGAUGAAGGGUAAGUUUCUACUGCUAAAUAAUUGGUUUCACACAUAUUUAUCUGUAAAUAAUAAUUUCAUGUUUAAUCCUCACCAUAGAUUUCUGUUCUGA